CAGGACCGCUACGGGUGAGCAGGAGUCCCGUCCCGGUUUUGGUGUGGAGGAAGAAGCGGAUCCGUACGGAGAGUUCUAUCCGGAUGCUAUGGGCAGUAGUGCUCUUGCAUACGAUAGCGAAGACGAUGAGAAGAGUGAGUUGGCGUUCAGUCGCAUGGACAAGGGUACUGCGGGUAAUAAGGGUUUGGUGAGUAGGUAUGAUUUCGACGAUGACGAAGCGUACGAGAAAGCUAAGUCGGAGCAGGAGGCGCUACCAAAAGCGGCGUUCCAAUUCGGGCGCAAAAUGGCUGACGGCAGAGCCACCCGACGACACAAGGGCAGUUCAACCAAGAUCAGCAAAGACAAGAAGAUCGACCGAGAUCUCAAUAUGAUCAACCAGAUCAUGAAGAACAAGCGCAAGGAAUCUACGGAGGAAGGGGGAACACACAAGAAGUACAAACGAGGCAAGAACAAUUAACUGCCAGCUCUUCUGGAGAGGUGGCGCUGACCACCGAUGCGAGAUGUGCCUUCGCCUGCAAAACCGUAUGAGCUGAUCCGAAAAUAGACCUGGCGCUUGUGUGGCUUGGCCGCAUGGUGCACCGCCCCGGUUUGUUUGCGGCGUCGGAUAACGGGACGAGGGCGCUGGUGCACCAAACUCUGCGCAGCUCAUCCGGACACCACAGGUCACAGAUGGCACGGGAGAACACUGAGUAGACGAACACAUAGGGCAUUGGGGUACAGUGUAGCUCAGGGGCUGUGGGUAUUAGAGGCGUGUCGCACGUGCGUAGCCCAUCCACAGCCGUGGCUCUUGAGACACGGGCGCCUUCGUGUAUCUCGGUACGGUAUACGGUUUAUAGUAUGGGUACAUGGUUUUAUAGUAUGAAGCUGUCUACGUAAGUCGGUUAUAUAGUAUGAAGCUGUCUACGUAAGCCGGUUAUAUAGUAUGAAGCUGUCUACGUAAGUCGGUUAUAUAGUAUGAAGCUGUCU